AACCAGUUUGGCCAAGAUGGUCUCCUUGUGAUCCACCUGCCUCGGCCUCCCAAAGUACUGGGGUUACAGGCAUGAACCACCAUGUCUGGCUGGGAAUGUUUUCCAGAUGUAAACACAGGUAAGGGGUCAGAUGGGCAGAGUGGAAGCUCCAUCUUCAAAUAGUGUGUGGGGAAACUCUUGCAAGUGAGAGAAUUCUGUGGGAAAAGCAUCAUUUAAAUCCUGAGAUCUCUGAAUGGACAUAUUUCUUUGCCCCACUUAUGCCUCUGCUCGCUCUUUUUCUCUUCUCUUCUUUUCUUUUUACAGGUAUGCACCACCACCACACCUGGCUAAUUUUUGUAUUUUUAAUAGCGACGAGGUUUUGCCAUGUUGGCCAGAUUGAUCUCGAACUACCAACCUCAGGUAUUUUUUCUAAAUAUGAGAUCAAGGAAUUACCAACAAAAAAGGAGAGUAAUACAGGAGAAAUAUUCCAGACAGUAACGUUGGAAAGACAUGAAAGCCACGACAUAAAAGAUUUUUGCUUCAGUGAAACCCAGAAAAAUGUACACGACUCUCAGUGUCAGUGGAGACAUGAUGAAAGACAUUACAAACGAGUGUGUGUGACCUAUAAGGAAAGUCUCAUUGGUAGAAGAGACAUGCAUGGUAGAAAGGAUGAUGCACAAAACAAGCCUAUUAAAAAUCAACUUGGAUUAAACUUGCAGUCACACCUACCAGAACUGCAGCUAUUUCAAGCUGAAAGGAAAAUAUAUGAAUAUGGUCACACGGAAAAAUCUGUCAACAGUAGUUCCUUAGUUUCCCCACCCCAAGGUAUUUCUUCUACUGUCAAAACCCAUGUUUCUCAUACAUAUGAAUAUAAUUUUGUGGAUUCGUUAUUCACACACAAAGAGAAAGCAAACAUUGGGACAGAACACUACAAAUGUAAUGAGUGUGGCAAGUCCUUUCACCAAGGCUUACAUUUUACUAUACAUCAAAUAAUCCAUACUGAGGAGAAGCAGCUUAAAUGUGAUAUAUGUGGCAAGAGCUUCAAUAAAAAAUCAAACCUUGCAAGUCAUCGAAGAAUUCAUACUGGAGAUAAGCCAUAUAAAUGUAACGAAUGUGGCAAGGUCUUCAAUAAUAUUUCACACCUUGCACAGCAUCGCAGGAUUCAUACUGGAGAGAAACCAUAUAAAUGUAAUGAAUGUGGCAAGGUCUUUAAUCAAAUGUCACACCUUGCACAACAUCAAAGAAUUCAUACUGGAGAGAAACCUUAUAAAUGUAAUGAAUGUGGAAAGGUAUUCCAUCAAAUUUCACACCUUGCACAACAUCGGACAAUUCAUACUGGAGAAAAACCUUAUAAAUGUAACAAAUGUGGCAAGGUGUUCAGUCGCAAUUCCUACCUUAUACAACAUCUGAUCAUUCAUACUGGAGAGAAACCCUACAAAUGUAAUGAGUGUGGAAAGGUCUUCAAUCAUAUUUCACACCUUGCACAACAUCGGAGAAUUCACACCGGAGAGAAACCCUACAAAUGUAACGAAUGUGGCAAGGUCUUCAGCCACAAGUCAUCCCUAGCAAAUCACUGGAGAAUCCAUACUGGAGAGAAACCUUACAAAUGUAAUGAAUGUGGCAAGGUCUUCAGUCGCAAUUCAUACCUUGCCCAACAUCUGCUAAUUCAUACUGGUGAGAAACCUUAUAAGUGUGAUGAAUGUGACAAAGCAUUCAGUCAAAAUUCACAUCUUGUACAACAUCGCAGAAUUCAUACUGGAGAGAAACCUUACAAAUGUAAUGAAUGUGGCAAAGUCUUCAGUCAAAAUUCAUACCUUGCAUAUCAUCGGAGAAUUCAUACUGGAGAAAAACCUUAUAAAUGUAAUGAAUGUGGGAAGGUCUUCAGUCUAAACUCAUCCCUAGCACAUCAUCGGAAAAUUCACGCUGGAGAGAAACCUUACAAAUGUAAUGAAUGUGGCAAAGCUUUCAGUGUGCAUUCAAGCCUUACUAAUCAUCAUGUGAUCCAUACCAGAGAGAAACCUUUCAAAUGUAAUGAAUGUGGCAAACUCUUCCGCGACAGUUCAUAUCUUGUAGGUCAUCAGAGAUUUCAUGCCAGAGAGAAAUCUAACAAAUGUAAUUAAUGUGGCAGAGUGUUCAGUCAGCAUUAAAGCCUUGCAACACAUACAAUAAUUUAUACUGGAGAAAAACUUUGCAAGUAUAAUGAAUGUUAGCAGAGCCUUUAGUUUUUGUUCAAGGCUUAAUAACCAUUAGCUAGUCCAUGGGGAGAGAAACUUUACUAAUGUAUUGAAUGUGGCAAGGCCUUAAGGUAAAAGUCUGAGAUCAGGAUUUUCCCAAGAAUUCUUGCUGGUGAGAAACCUAACAAAUGUAAUGAAAGUGGCAAGGUCUUCUGGUACAAUUCUCACAUUGUACAAUAUUGCAAAAUUUCAUACUUGAGAGAAACAAAAACACUGAGAGUGGGAAACCAUUAUGACUUCAAACAUUCAUCAACAUCAGAGAAUCCAUACUAAAGAGCCUUUAUAUAAUUAUAUGUGAUAGAGAUUUUCUGCAGGCCAUAGUCUUACUAAGCAUCAACAACUUUUUUGAUGAAACCAUAUAAAGGGAAUGUGCAUGCUUAGGCUUUUGCCCAAGCAUCAAAACCGGAACAUCACAGGGUUUAUACUGGAGAGUAACUACACAAACAUAAUGAAUGUAAUAAGCCUUUCAGUGUCAUAUUCAUUAUUUUCUUGUGAGAGAUCUACUCAAUAAAAACCAAGUAAAUAUAGUGAA